AUGUCUUCUCCCACUCGUCCGGCCGGUCGUCUCUCGCAGGAUGUCUCUGCGUCUGGAGACCUCGCAGACCGGGGCCUCAACAGCAGCAGUCUUUCGAACCCGUCUGGCCCAAAGCUGUUUUCCAAUGGUGAGAACGGGGCUUCAGGGACUGGCACGCCUAUAGGAUUCCAGAGAUAUCCUCAGAACAAGGUCCUCGAAAAUGCCGCGCUGCGCUCUCAGCAGCGUCAGCCCUCGCCCCAGCCUACGCAUUUGGGGAUCCCUGGAGGCGGUCCUUACAGGAUCUUAUCAGAGGAGGAUCCCGGAUAUAUUGCUGCCAAGUUCGAGGGCAAGCAGAAGCAGAUGGAACAAGUCAUGGACAAGCUGGAAGAGAAGGGAUUCUUCCCUAGCGAUUUCGUCGUAUCAGAGACUACCUGGUUCUACAAUAUGUUAGGCAUUGACGACAUGUACUUCCAAACGGAGACGGUCGAUUCCAUCGUCACGCAGAUCCUUUCCCUGUACGCAGCAAAGGUUGCGGCGUACGCUCGCGAUGACAAGCAGCUGGAAAUUAGAUUGGAUAAGGAAGCAGAAGACCACGCGGUGUACAUCGACACCAGCAAGCCUGGUGUUUCGACCUUUGACGGACCGCAGUAUGAAAAGAGGAUAGACGAGAAAUACAUCGAUAACUCCACCCAUGACAACAGCUACCGUGUCGAGACUUUCCGCUCCUCGAGCCCGCUUCCGGGCGACAAGGAACAGCAACUGCGCUGCUACUUCGUAUACAAGUGCCAGUUUAGCAAUCCAAACCCGUCGCCUGACGAGACUAACAUUGAAAUCAUCGGUGAGAGGCGGUUCCUGCAAAAGGCCACGGCCAACACCAAGGCAGUCUACCAGGAGAUCAUCAGCAAUGCUGUGAAUCGAGCUGGUCCAGUGAUUGAAAUGUUCGAAAUCGAAGGCAGUCGGGAAAAGAGACUGGUCAUCGCAUACCGUCAGGGCUCUGCCAUAGGCAUGUUCAGUGCGCUGUCUGAUCUUUACCAUUACUACCGCCUGACGAGCUCGAGGAAGUAUCUGGAGAACUUCUCCAAUGGCAUCACGGUGCUAUCUCUUUAUCUGCGCCCCCUGGACAACCCUGAGAUUUCUCAGAGGUAUCCUCCCAUCGAGGCUGCUAUCCAUCAGAUCAUGAAGGAAAUCUCGCUGUUGUACUGUAUCCCACAGAACAGGUUCCAGGGUCACUUUGCCAGCGGACGUCUCAGCUUGCAGGAGACCAUCUACGCUCAUUGUAGCUGGGUUUUCGUCCAGCAGUUCUUGAACCGUCUUGGUUCGGAAUACACCUCGCUGACAGCUGUGCUGGACCCGAAUAACAGCGUUCACGCUGAACUGCUGGCGAAGAUAAAGCGCAGACUUCGCACUGAAACUUUCACCUCGGACUAUAUCUUCGAUAUUAUCAACAAGUAUCCCGAGCUCGUCCACAAGCUGUAUCUAGACUUUGCCAAUACGCAUUAUGUGCAAACUGGCGGUCCGGGACACGAUGAUUUCCUACCAACAUUGAGUUACCUCCGUCUUCAGGUUGACGAGGUUUUGGAUGACGCGCAACUCAAGGAACUCAUCUCGAAAACUGCAUUGAACGAGCAUGACGAGAUGGUCAUGACGGCCUUCCGUGUCUUCAACGCUUCGGUCCUGAAGACGAAUUUCUACACUCCUACGAAGGUUGCUCUUAGUUUCCGACUUAACCCUGAUUUCCUUCCUGAGCAUGAAUACCCGCAACGUCUUUAUGGCAUGUUCCUCGUCAUCAGCUCUGAGUUCCGGGCUUUCCACCUUCGAUUCCGUGACAUAGCUCGUGGAGGUAUCCGUAUCGUCAAGAGCCGUAACAAGGAAGCCUACAGCAUCAAUGCUCGCUCUUUGUUCGACGAGAAUUACAACCUGGCGAACACCCAACAGCGGAAAAACAAGGAUAUCCCCGAAGGCGGUGCGAAGGGUGUCAUCCUGCUUGACGUGAACCAUCAGGACAAGGCCCGGGUCGCUUUCGAGAAGUACAUCGACAGUAUCAUGGACCUCUUGCUUCCACCGACUAGCCCGGGAAUCAAGGAUCCUAUCGUCGAUCUGUAUGGCAAGGAUGAGAUCCUAUUCAUGGGCCCUGAUGAGAAUACGGCUGAGCUGGUGGACUGGGCCACUGAACACGCGAGAAAGAGAGGCGCGUCUUGGUGGAAGUCAUUCUUUACCGGAAAGAGUCCCAAGCUUGGUGGUAUUCCUCACGACGCUUACGGCAUGACUACCUUGUCCGUGCGCCAAUACGUGCUUGGAAUCUACCGUAAGCUGGGCAUCGACCCGUCGACGGUGAGGAAACUGCAGACGGGUGGUCCGGACGGCGAUCUUGGGUCGAACGAGAUCCUCCUUGGAAACGAGAAGUAUAUUGCAAUCGUCGAUGGCUCUGGUGUACUCGUGGACCCCGAGGGAAUUGACCACGAGGAGCUGGUGAGACUCGCCAAGAAGAGAGUCACCAUAUCAGAGUUUGAUACCUCCAAACUCUCACCUAACGGAUACCGGGUCCUCGUCGACGAGAGCAAUGUCAAGCUGCCCAGUGGUGAGAUAGUCAACAACGGCAUGGUCUUCCGUAAUACCUUCCAUCUGCGCAGGGAUCACAAAUACGACAUGUUUGUUCCUUGCGGUGGAAGACCAGAGUCUAUCGAUCUUUCAUCUGUCGGAAAGCUCAUCGUCGAUGGCAAAACAUGCAUCCCAUAUAUUGUCGAAGGAGCGAACCUUUUCAUCACCCAAGACAGCAAGCUCCGGCUGGAAAAGGCGGGCUGCAUUGUAUUCAAAGAUGCGUCUGCCAACAAGGGAGGUGUUACAUCCUCGUCCCUUGAAGUUCUUGCAUCUCUCUCCUUUGAUGAUAAAGGCUUCGUAGAGAACAUGUGCGUCCGUGAAGAUGGCACAAUCCCAGAAUUCUACAAGGAGUACGUCAAAGAGGUCCAGGAGAUCAUCAAAAGAAACGCAACCCUUGAAUUCGAGGCUAUCUGGCGUGAGCAGGAACAGACCGGUAUGCCGCGCAGUGUCCUCAGUGACAAGCUCAGUGUCGCCAUUACCACCCUUGACGAAGAGCUUCAGAAGACAAAGCUCUGGGAUGAUCUGGAACUGCGUAGAUCGGUUCUCAAAGACGCUCUACCUAGACUCCUCCUCGACAAGAUAGGCCUUGACACAAUCAUGGAGAGGGUGCCUGAUAGCUACCUACGUGCUAUCUUCGGCAGUUACAUCGCAAGUCGCUUUGUCUACGAGUACGGCAGCAGUCCUAGCCAGUUCGCUUUCUUCGAAUUGUAA